UCAGGUUUGCAUGUCGUCGUCCCCCUGGUCGCCCGUCGGUGUGGUGUGUCUGGAGCCCCGCCGCUUGCGGGUAUUCCUGAACUCGUUCUCGGUCAUGGUGAUGGCGCGGUAGGGCGACGGCGCGUACUCAUCCUCAUCCGCAGCUGACAUAUCAACACAGUACAGUAUGGUGUGGUGUGCCAAUCAUCGGUGUGUGUGUGUGUCAAGCAAGGGUGACUGCUGUGGGUGGUGACUGACCUUCCAUCUUGAUAGCGAACUGGUGUGUGUUGGUCUCCCUGCGGCCGUGUGAGCGCGCGCUGGCCCGUGCGCUCGCCAGGCCCUCAGCCACCACUUGCGGCAUCGUCCCCGGCGGCCACAAAGACGACACCUGCACCACACACGGACCAUGCGAAAUCCCUCCCUCCGCCCUCCCCUCCCUCGUGCCGUCUCGCUCACCAGGUGUUCGAACGACAAGGCGGGCAUAUCGAGUUGGCUGGUGAGUUUGUUGCGCCCCUGGAGAGCGUCGCGGAGGGCCACGAGAAGCGAGAUGAGUGUGGGGUCUGCGCUGAAGGAGCCGCCGUCGUAGCGCUUCUUCUUGGCCUCGAGCUCGACGCGGAAGCGGUGGUACUUGCCGUCCCACUUGAUGCCCACCCCGCCCUUGGGGCCGGUGGUGCCACGCUGGCGCAGACGCAGCAGCAAAGACUUGGCCACGCGGAAACGGUCGUCCUCUGGAAUGGUGCAAAACGGGUCCGGCACUGAGGGAGAACGACACACAAGGGUGCAGGCAGACAGAGGGUGUGGUGUGUUGUUGCCGCUGCUGGUGGGGUGGGGUGUUUGGUGCGGUGGGGUCGAGGUAUUUCUUGCGCACGCACCGUAUUCUAGGCAGGUGUCUGCGUCGAAUCCCGCGCCGUUGGUCAUCUGGCUCUGGUGCUUGAGAGCCUGCUCGAAGGCCUUCUUGACACCCGCCUCGGUCUGCUCCGCCACGCGCACCGUCUUCUGCAUCUUCUUGGCACCAACCAUCGUCACCAACUGACACGGCACACAGAGAUGAUGCAUCAGAUGCAUGUGUGUGGUGGGUGAUAUGGGUGUGUGUGUGUGACCGACCUUGAAGGCGAGUUCGCUCUGCUUGAACCGGAUGGAGUGCCUGACGCGGCUGUUGGUGGUGGUGGUCUCGGCCUCCAGGUCCACCUCGUUCAACGCCCGCUGCGAGGGCGGCAGCUUGGCGAUCAAAUCAGCAGCCACCGUAGCCAGACGAGCAGACACAACCGGAUCUACACACACACACACACACACAUACAGAGGAAUGGUUGAUGCUCCCCCCUGGCUGCUCCUCGUCUGGUGUUGGGCUUACCGAUAGCCAUCUCAUCGCCAAAAGGCAACAGCGCCCCCUCCCGCCCCUCCCCAUUAUCACCAUACCCCCGCCCCAUCAGCCACCCCAGUCCCAUGCCCAUGCCCAUCCCCAUGGCGUCAUCCUGCUCCUCACAGUCCUCCCCGUUCUCACGCUUGACGCGCGCGCGCUUGCUGGCCUUGGGGCUCCACCCGUACAGAGGAGGGGCCAGGGGCAGGGGGGGCGGCGGGAUGUGGCCCAUCCCCAUGGCAGACUGCUGGUGGGAGGACGCCGCGGCUGCUGCUGCCGCUGCCGCCUGGACGGCCCCGGGGUAGGCGUAGGCGUAGGCGUAGCUGAGGGCACUGAGUCCGUUGAGGUUCUUGGCGGCAAGUUCGGUGAUGGGGUCUUCCUCCUUGUCAAUGGUGUGCUCCUUGCCGGCCUCCUUCUGCAGCUCGGCGAUGGCGCGCUUCAGCCGAGGGAUCUCCAGACAGACCUGCUGCAGCACACGCACCUCGCCCUGCAGCUCCAUCAGCAGCAAGUCGCGAUCCGAUAUCUUGGAGGAUGAGGCCGCCUCAGCGCUUCGCUUGCGACCAUUGCCCUGUCCCUGCUGGCCCUGCUGGCCCUGCUGACCCUGCUGCUGCUGCUGGUUGGCUGAAGCAGAGGGUUGGAUGUAGGGGUACGAUGCGCGACUACGUGAUUCUGAGUCGGCGCCACUGGCAGCAGCCGCCGCAGCAGCAGCGUUGGGCGACCCGUUGCCGCUGUCCUGCUCUAGCGAUGAGAACCCCACCCGGCCGUUCUUGUCCUCGCCCAUCCCGCCACUCCCUCCCCCUCCCCCGCCACCCUGGCGCUUCUUGUCAUUGCCAUUCCCAUUCCCCCCAGCUCCUCCCUGCCUCUGCUUGGCCGCCUUGUCGUUGGCGAGUGUAUCGGUUGGCUGGGGGGGUGAGGUGGAGUGGAAGUGGAAGCGCGGGUCGAUCCCGGCAGCGAGCGAUGAGGGGCGGAGGUUGCCGGCCGACAUGGGCGACUCGCUCCCCUCGUCGUACUCACAGUCGGCCGUGAAGGGGAGGCCCUUCUGGGUGCCGGUGAGCUUGUCCUGGUCUGUGAGGGGGUGGUUGGGUGCGGUUUUGGACGGGGAGGGCGAGGAGGGGAUGUCGGACAGGUUGCGGUAGCCGGAGGGGGCCCCGGGGUAGGUGUGCGUGGUGGACGCGCCUGCAGGACUGCCCGAUGCCAUUUUUCUGACACACACCACGCACCACAGCACCACAGACAGAACACAGCGAGAGGACGGCUCGCAUGCGGCACUGCGGCAGGAGUGCAGUCUUGGCCGCGUGUGUGUGAGCCCUGACCUUCAGACUUGCUCUAUGUGGUCUCGAACGGUGACGCUAGAUGCUCCAAGACAGCCGCACGAGCUACGCCGAUUGCCUAGCAGGACAGCAGGGCCACCACACAGACAUGUCUCAGCUGAGAUGUGCCCGCUACUCAUCGGCGAAGGCAGCGAGUGUCGCCCCCUCACCUGAUUCGACGUGGAGCGGUGUUUCCACCAAGCCAGUAGCUACAGCCUUGCCAAAGGGUAAAGCAGAGUGGUCCACAGGUGCGAUUUGGCCACCCUCAGAGGACCACAGACGCGAUGACGUCUCGAGGAGAGGUGCCGAGGGUGGUCAGGUGGAGGGCGUCACGGCUUCAGCUUCUAAAAGCAU